UGCAGCAGCCUGUGAAAGGAAGACAGGGAGAAAGUUAAGUGCAGCUUGGACGAACGAGAUCCCCUCCUCUUCCAACCUGCAGCCCAGGAUACUGAUUCGAGCCGCGCCUUACCGCGCAGCCCGAAGAUUCACCAUGGUGAAGAUCGCCUUCAAUACCCCCACGGCGGUGCAAAAGGAGGAGGCGCGGCAAGAUGUGGAGGCACUCUUGAGCCGCACCUUCCGAGCUCAGAUCCUGACUGGCAAGGAGCUCAGAGUUGCCCCGCAGGAGAAAGAUGGCUCUUCCGGGAGAUGCAUGCUUACUCUCCUAGGCCUCUCCUUCAUCUUGGCUGGGCUAAUUGUGGGUGGAGCCUGCAUUUACAAGUACUUCAUGCCUAAGAGCACCAUUUACCACGGUGAGAUGUGCUUCUUUGAUUCUGAAGAUCCUGUGAAUUCCCUCCAUGGAGGAGAGCCGUAUUUCCUGCCUGUGACCGAGGAGGCUGAUAUCCGUGAGGACGACAACAUUGCAAUCAUUGAUGUACCCGUUCCCAGUUUCUCAGAUAGUGACCCUGCGGCAAUUAUCCAUGACUUUGAGAAGGGAAUGACUGCUUACCUGGACUUGCUUUUGGGAAACUGUUAUCUGAUGCCCCUCAAUACUUCCAUUGUUAUGACUCCAAAGAAUCUGGUGGAGCUUUUUGGCAAACUGGCAAGUGGCAAGUAUUUGCCUCACACUUAUGUGGUUCAUGAAGACCUGGUUGCUGUGGAAGAAAUCCGUGAUGUUAGUAACCUUGGUAUUUUUAUUUACCAACUUUGCAACAACCGAAAAUCCUUCCGCCUUAGACGCAGAGACCUCUUGCUGGGUUUCAAUAAGCGUGCCAUUGACAAAUGCUGGAAGAUAAGACACUUCCCCAAUGAAUUUAUUGUUGAGACCAAGAUAUGUCAGGAGUGAAGAAGGGCAGAUAAAGAGUAUCCUUGGUAAUAAGAAGUCAGCAGCUUACAGUGUGACUUUAGUAAUGGGAUACUCAUGAUAUUUACUCAUACAUUUACUCUAUUGCUUAUACUGGAAACGGAAGGGGGGGGAGAAAACUACUAACCACUGCAAGCCAUUGUCCAAUUCAAGUUUAAUUGACAUCGCUUGCUGUUUGCAACAAAUUAAAUGAUUAUCUUUUUUGAAUUUAUAGGGUUUAGAUUCUGAAAGCAGCAUGAAUAUGUCAUCUAACAUCCUGACAAAGUCCAUCCUCUGUUUUUAUUUAAAGCAAGCUCCUGAUAAAAUCAUAUGGAUAGAGCAUGCUUUAAAUUUAAAAUAUUU